AUGUCUACAAACGCUUGGAAACCCUUCAUCGCGCCCGACCUACUCGAGAUCGCCUCAAGUGGUCGUAAGGUCGCUUUCCACACGAUCCCUGGGAGCGGUUGGUGGAGGACCGGCCACCAACACAGCUCGGAUGGGGGGUUUGUCGGGGUCGAAAGUGCGAAACCGUUAAAGGACGUCGAGUCGUUCAAGAUCGAAGCAUCUUUGAAGAUCAAGGGAGCGGAUGUUCAGCUCACUCUGCAUGAUACAUCGCUUCUUUGCCCUUUCUACUAUAGCGACCAAGGUUGCCUCUUCCUCUACGUGACCGACACGCUCUGGCUAAAAGCCGGGCUGGAACACGUCAACGGAAAGAUCAGGGUCUCGUGCGUCGUCAACGACCCCUACGCCGAUUGGUCUCUCGACCCCGCCGAGGUGGAUACCGACUAUAAACAACCCCACACAUUCUCCAUCGAUAUCAUGAAGCAGGAACAAGAACCUCUGCCCUUGAUCAGGUUCAGCUACAACGGCAGGGUCUUGCGAGAGGUUCCUGCGUUUGGGUUGACUCAGGGACAGAUGGAGAGGAAGUUUAGGGUCGGACUGAUGGGUUGCUCGCCCAUGUCCAACGGGUGUAUGGUUCACUUCGACGAAAUCUCCAUCGAGGGCGCCAUCGAGCGACCCAGUGCUGGUGAUAACUGUUACGAGGCGAGCGCGAAUCUUGUAUAG